AUGCAAAAAUCAAAGUCGAACGAUAAUAAUCUAUCUUCGAUUGACUUCGAAUACGAAAGAAACGUGAACCUGAGUAUCCAGUGGAAUCGUUGGAUCCUAAAACCGAUGGGUCUUUGGCCAAAUUCAUCGAACGUUUCACGUUUCGAUAAAUGUCUUUAUUGGUUGAUUAACGCUGUUUGUUACUUCUUGAUCUUCUACCUUAUAAUACCCUGCGGUCUGUACAUGGUAUUCGACAUGGAGAAUUUGUACAAAGAGAUCACGUUAUUUGGUCCAUUGAUCUUCUGCGUGGCUGCAUUCGUGAAGUAUCAUUGGUUGAUCAUUCGCAGCGAUAACAUUCGUGAAUGCAUGGAACAUAUCAAAUGGGAUUGGAAGAACGUCGAAUAUAUCAAGGAUAAAGACAUCAUGGCGAUGAAUGCAAAUUUUGCGAAAAGAAUAGUGACUAUCUGCGCUAUUUUCAUGUUCACCGCCUGUACCUUUUACUUCUUAAUCAUACCGCUUGCUUUAAGGAGAAUCUUCAUCCAGACUGAUAACGUUACCUUCAUCCCUGUGAUGUACCCCUUCUCGAGCUACAUAGUGGACGUUCGUUAUUCUCCAAUCAACGAGAUCAUCUUUUCGAUUCAGUUUUUAGCUGGUGUACUGAUCAAUGCUAUCACAGUAGGUGCUUGCAGUUUGGCUGCGGUAUUAGCGGUCCACGCUUGCGGACAGAUGGAGGUUUUGAUAUGCUGGCUGAAACAUUUGGUAGAUGGGAGGCCAGACAUAGGCAACACGGUGGAUGAAAGAAUUGGGAAGAUCGUGAGUCAACACGUAAGGAUACUAAAAUUUUUAACGUUAAUGGAAAGAACCCUUCGACCGAUCUCUUUUGCCGAAUUUUUAGCGUGUACUUUAAAUCUUUGCCUUGUUGGCUAUUAUAUUAUAACGGAAUGGAAUUCGAGAAAUAUAACAAUUACUGUAGGUUACGUGAUACUGUACACAUCUCUCGCAUUCAAUAUUUUUAUAUUUUGUUAUAUAGGCGAACUCGUGGCUGAGCAGUGCAAAAAAGUUGGCGAAACGUCAUACAUGAUCGAAUGGUACCGAUUAGCAGGGAAAAGGAAGCUCUUUUGCAUUUUAGUCAUGGCAAUGUCUAAUUCGUCGAUUAAACUCACAGCUGGAAGCAUGAUCGAGUUAUCCAUUAGCACUUUCACCGACGUUGUCAAGACAUCGGUCGCAUUUCUCAACGUGUUACGAAAACUGACAUGA